AUGUUUAGAUAUCAUUUAAGAUGUCUACCAGUAAACUAUCCAAAUCAUGAAGAUUGGACAUUGAGUCAUUUCUUCUUUAAUUGUAAGAAAACAUUAGAUUUUAUACCUAUUUUAUCAAUUUAA